UCUCUCUAAACUUCAUUAGCUAUACUUCUUAUUAGCCCCACCCUACUCUCUCUCUCUCUCUCUCUCUCUCUCUCACGAACACACACCUUUUUCUUUCUCCCUGUACCAGCUAUUUUCCAACUCUGACAGUCCAGGAAAAUAAAAAAAAGGGUUCUCUUCUGAUUUUGGUAAUUAGAUUGGAUCUGGGUUGCUUCUUUUUUGUAGUAUCUCCUCCAAAUAACAGUUCUAUUUCAGGCCACUCUUGUGUCUGUAUUCAAGCCAAAGUUUAGGAAGUACAAAGAAUUGAAGAGCAGAAACAAUAUGGCUGUUUCCAUGAGAGAUCUUGAUCCAGCUUUCCAAGGAGCUGGACAGAAGGCUGGACUUGAAAUAUGGCGGAUCGAAAACUUUUGUCCUGUUCCCGUCCCAAAGUCCUCUUAUGGGAAAUUUUUCAUGGGCGACUCCUAUGUUGUUUUGAAGACAACUUCCCUAAAAAGUGGUGCCUUACGCCAUGAUAUUCAUUAUUGGCUGGGUAAAGAUACCUCUCAGGAUGAAGCAGGUGCGGCUGCCAUCAGAACUGUUGAACUUGAUGCAGCCCUUGGAGGUCGUGCUGUACAGUACCGUGAAGUACAAGGCCAUGAAACAGAGAGAUUCCUAUCUUAUUUUAAACCAUGCAUCAUACCUCAAGAAGGUGGGAUUGCAUCUGGGUUCAAACAUGCUGAUGCCAAAGAGCACCAAACCCGCUUGUUUGUCUGCAAAGGAAAACAUGUUGUCCAUGUAAAAGAGGUUCUGUUUGCUCGAUCCUCACUCAACCAUGAUGACAUUUUUAUUCUUGAUACCAAGUCAAAAAUUUUUCAAUUUAAUGGUUCAAAUUCAUCCAUCCAAGAGAGAGCUAAAGCUUUGGAAGUAGUCCAGUACAUUAAGGAUACUUAUCAUGACGGAAAAUGCGAGGUAGCUGCCAUUGAGGAUGGGAAAUUGAUGGCUGAUGCUGAAACUGGAGAAUUCUGGGGUUUCUUUGGCGGUUUUGCUCCACUUCCUAGGAAAAUAACCAUUGAUGAGGAUAAGACUGCUGAUUCUCAUCCUACUAAGCUGUUUUGCCUUGAGAAGGGGAAGUCAGAACCUGUUGAUGCAGAUCCGUUGAGAAGGGAAUUACUAGACACAAAUAAAUGCUAUAUUCUAGAUUGUGGAUUGGAAGUGUUUGUAUGGAUGGGGAGAAAUACCUCACUUGAUGAAAGGAAGGCUGCAAGUGGAGCUGCAGAGGAGAUAGUCCAUGUAGCUGAUCGACCAAACUCCCACAUUAUUCGCGUAAUUGAGGGUUUUGAGACAGUGAUGUUCCGGUCAAAGUUUGAAUCAUGGCCGCAGACUGCUAAUUUAGCUGUGUCUGAGGAUGGUAGAAGCAAAGUUGCAGCACUUCUAAGACGGCAGGGGGUAAAUGUCAAGGGUCUUAUGAAAGCUGCUCCAGCAAAGGAAGAACCUCAACCGUACAUUGAUGUCACAGGAAAUCUGCAGGUUUGGCGUGUGGAUGGCCAGGAAAAGGUUCUCCUUCAAGCUUCUGAUCAGUCAAAAUUUUAUAGUGGAGAUUGCUAUAUUUUUCAGUAUUCAUAUCAAGGAGAAGACAAGGAAGAAUAUCUUAUAGGCACAUGGUUUGGGAAGAAGAGUGUUGAGGAGGAAAGAGCUUCUGCUAUUUCAAUGGCAAGCAAGAUGGUUGAAUCAUUAAAAUUUCUGCCUUCUCAGGCUCGAUUCUAUGAAGGAAAUGAAACAAUUCAGUUCUUUACAAUCUUGCAAAGCUUCAUUGUUUUUAAGGGUGGUCUUAGUACUGGAUACAAGAAUUAUAUUGUGGAGAAGGAACUCCCAGAUGACACAUACAAGGAGGGCAGCAUUGCAUUGUUCAGGGUUCAGGGUACUGGGCCAGAUAAUAUGCAGGCAAUACAAGUUGAACCAAUUGCGUCGUCUCUGAAUUCCUCUUACUGUUACAUAUUGGCCACCGAAUCCACCGUCUUUACAUGGUCUGGAAACCUUACGACUUCAGAUGACCAGGAACUUCUGGAAAGGCAGUUGGAUCUGAUAAAGCCAAAUGUACAGUCCAAGCCACAAAAGGAAGGUUCAGAAUCUGAACAGUUUUGGGAUCUGUUAGGCGGGAAAACUGAGUACCCCAGCCAAAAAAUUGGAAGGGAAGCGGAAAGGGAUCCUCACCUUUUCUCUUGCACAUUCUCAAAGGGAAAUCUGAAGGUGGCUGAGAUAUACAACUUUACCCAGGAUGAUUUGAUGACGGAAGACAUAUUUGUCCUCGAUUGUCACUCAGAGAUCUUUGUCUGGGUGGGGCAACAGGUUGACUCCAAGAGCAAAAUGGAUGCUUUAACUAUCGGAGAGAAAUUUCUAGAAAAUGAUUUUCUGUUGGAAAAGUUAUCUCGUGAAGCUCCAAUAUAUAUUGUUAUGGAAGGGAGUGAGCCACCUUUCUUCACACGUUUCUUUGAAUGGGACUCUGCAAAAUCUGCUAUGCAUGGAAGUUCAUUCCAAAGAAAACUUGCAGUUGUCAAAAGUGGGAGUGCUCCUAUUUUAGAUAAACCCAAACGAAGAACACCUGUAUCCUAUGGGGGAAGAUCUAGUGUGCCAGACAAAUCUCAGCGUUCCAGAAGCAUGUCUUUCAGCCCUGAGCGUGUUCGAGUGAGGGGCAGGUCACCAGCUUUCAAUGCACUAGCUGCUAAUUUUGAGAACCCUAAUGCCAGGAAUCUUUCAACCCCACCACCAGUUGUUAGAAAGAUUUAUCCAAAAUCUGGGAGCCCAGAUUCUGCAAAAAUGGCUUCCAAAUCUACAGCUAUAGCAGCACUUACUGCAACUUUUGAAAAACCACCACCAGCACGACAAGUUAUCAUGCCCCGAUCUGUGAAAGUGAGCCCUGAAGUACCAAAAUCAACUCCUGAAAAAUCAACACCAGAGUUGAACAAUAAAGAGAACUCUAUGAGCAGCAGAAUAGAAUCCCUCACCAUAAAGGAGGAUGUGAAGGAGGGUGAAGCUGGAGAUGAGGAAGGGCUUCCAAUAUAUCCAUAUGAACGCCUUAAAACUAACUCAACAGAUCCUGUUACUGAAAUUGACGUGACAAAGCGAGAGACUUACCUCUCAUCAGCAGAGUUCAAAGAGAAAUUUGGGAUGGCAAAGGAUGCCUUCUAUAAGAUGCCAAAAUGGAAACAGAACAAGCUUAAAAUGGCCCUUCAAUUGUUCUGAGUUUCCUUCAUACCUUCCUUCAGCUUCCUGCAGCCUGAGCUGCAGGUGGAAGAAAGCUUGUUUGUGAAUCUGUACAUUUUUAGUGUCUUUAAUUGCUAUCGAGUAUUCUAAAUGCUUAGCUCUAUUUCUUCCCAUAGUGGGAGGAGCUCAGUUUCUCAAAAGUGAAAGGGACAGCAUCAGUGCAUUUUUAGCUGCUUCUGCUCCCAGGAAGCUUGUUUUCUUGACUGAUGGACACAACCAGGGAUUUUUUUUCCCAUUCUUUUUUCCAGCUGGUGGUUUGAAAGUCUAGGUUUAUUAAAUUUUCCCCUCCUUUUUGGUUGAGUUAGUUGUUUGGAAUUCUUUAUGGUCACAGGUUUGUUGUGAGAUUGCAUUUUUGUUUUUCAUUUUUCUAUUGAAUUGAUUUCUGUAGUGAUUAGGUGAUUGUGAAUGCAGACAGCUUAGAAUGUAUUGUACAACUGAGGAUGGAAAGUGUGUACAGCAGAGUGUAAAAACCCGUCCACUCAUCAUUUAAUUUGUUUUUAAUAAAAGUGUGCUUUUAUUUUUA